UCAGGGGGGUGUUUGUAAUUUAGCCUUAAUUAAAUAUCAAUAAUAAAUAAAAGCUUUUUUUCUUUAACUCUCUCAUAGCUACUAGCUGCUAGACUCAUACGUAGAUUCGUAAUCUUCCACAUACAAAAUCACAUUUAUAAUAACAGCCCUAACCUCCUCACCACCACACACACUAAAACACACACACACACAGUACAUCUGAGAAUCGGAUCGGCGCUGCAGAGAUUGAAUCUGAUUAACCAUGCAGAAAAGCUCGGAAUCAUCUUCAUUGAUAAUGAUCGGUACUACCAUUCCGAUCCAGACAGAAACCGAACAAUCCGAUCCAACAACAAAUCUUCCAGAAUCGCCGAGCAAGAAGCGCGUGGAGGAGGAGGAUGAAAAGCGUGCGAGCGUGGGAAUCACCACGACGGCGGUGGAAGAUGCGGCCGGGCGGGAGAGGCUGAAGAGGCACCGGGUGGAGGUGGCGGGUCGGGUAUGGAUACCGGAUAUGUGGGGGCAGGAGAAUUUCCUCAAAGACUGGAUCGACUGUACGGCGUUCGAUGCUUCGCUGGUGAACAGCAGCAUCACUUCCGCCAGAGAUUCUUUGGUGGAGGAAGCUAGGAGAGCUAAUUCCGCCCGAUUGAGAAUAAUACAACAAAAUUAAUUAAUAUAUCCGGUUUUUUUCUUUUUCUUUUUUUUUUCUUUUAAUCCAAUUUUAUUUGCCUUUUCUUAUACCUCCGAUCCAUUUCGUAUAAUUAAAAGAACAAAUAAUAAUAAUAAUAUAUAUGUAUGUAAUGUAUGCAUUAUUAUUAAUUAUAUUUCCCCAU